AUGAAUUCAGUCACCCAAGCAAACUCGAGCAACAGGAAAGACGCAAGCAACCAAGUAGCAAGGUUUCUUGCUGAAUCAGUUGUUUCAAUAGGCUUAAGUCAUGAUUGUUGUCGAACUACUCUAAUUAUUGGAGGAAUUGCAGCUUGGGCUGCGAAUAAAGCUAAUUUAACGCUAUCUAUCGACAGUAACUUUGAUGAUAAAAUGGAGAACUUUAAUAAUGACACUGACCCAUUUCCUGGACUAGAAAAUGAUACAAAUGAAACAUUAUUUGGCACCUUCAAAAUAUCUUCAACUGCAGUAUUGGACACAAUAACGACACGUAGUCCGUGUUCCGAAUGUGACAAAUCAGUGAAAUAUUUUUGUUAUCGAUGCUUUGUGGCGGUCGGGUGCUCGCGUGAUAGUGUUCCGAGAUUAAAAUUGCCCAUUAAAAUUGAUAUAAUCAAACAUGAAGAAGAGCGCAAUGGCAAAUCAACAGCAAUACACGCAAAAAUACUGGCACCAGAUGAUAUCAUGAUAUAUUCAUAUCAAAAUAUACCAAAAUUCGAAAACUAUGAACGUCUUUUGUUACUGUUUCCAGGACCGGAUGCAAAAAAACUAGACGAAAUUCCACGCGAAUCAUUUGAUAAAUUAUUAGUAAUAGAUGGGACAUGGCACCAAGCAACAAACAUGAUACGAUUCACCCCUGAAUUCAGUAAAAUUCGUAAGGUUACCAUAAAACCGUGUACCACAUUAUUCUGGCGAUUUCAGAACAGGGAUAAGCAUUAUUUGGCAACGAUCGAGGCUAUUUAUUAUGUCUUGAAGGAAUACCAUGAAGCUUAUGAUGACAUUGUAGAUGAUGUAGGAAAAAGAAAUGGGUAUGAUGGACGGGGUAAAAAAGUUUAA